UCUUUGACUCAGUUUAUUAAUGGGCCGCUCUUACUAACAACGACUCAUCAAUAAAUUGAGUCAAACAAAGUCAGCUCAGCAAUCGGCCGCUGCUAGUAAGAACGGCCAAUUCCUGACUAACUUUUUUUGACUUAGCUUAAUAAUGGGUUGCUGUUAAUAAGUGUAAACAAAUACCAAAUCUCAAUAUUGGGCUAAAAUUUGUGACUAAUUUCCGCAUUAAAGAUCACAAAAAAUUGGGAAUAAUGAUAAAAUAAAACGUGUCCUUUUCUUAUCCAAUUAUCCUCAGAUUAUGCUGAAGAUAUUGUUGACAGUUUGGAGUGAAAAAAACAGAUCAUCUUCUUUUUCCUUGUUGAAUCUGUAGCCAUUGCAGAUUACAAAUUAAAAUGGCUACUUCUUCAUUGUGCUUACUACCACUCAAAUCAAGUAGUGUUACAAUAUUUUCCCAUAAAAUUUCAAAUUCUUCAACUCCAAUUUGUCAAUGGUAUCCCAAAAACCCCAAGAAUGUACUAUUAUCAGAGUCAAAGAGAUUAAGGGCAUGGGUUUCAACAGCUUUAGCAGCUGCUGCAGUUGUGAGUUUCAGUACUACUUAUCCUGCAUUGGCUGAUCUAAACAAGUUUGAAGCUGAAAUGCGAGGCGAAUUCGGGAUUGGUUCUGCUGCUCAAUAUGGUUCUGCUGAUCUUAAGAAAGCAGUUCAUGUCAAUGAAAAUUUCAGAAGAGCGAAUUUCACAUCAGCAGAUAUGAGAGAAUCAGAUUUCAGUGGAUCAACUUUUAAUGGUGCAUACCUUGAAAAAGCUGUUGCUUACAAAGCCAAUUUCAGUGGUGCAGAUUUGAGUGAUACGCUUAUGGAUCGUAUGGUGUUAAACGAAGCAAAUCUAACGAAUGCAGUCCUUGUAAGAUCAGUUCUUACUCGAAGCGACAUGGCAGGGGCUAUCAUUGAAGGUGCUGAUUUUAGUGAUGCUGUUAUAGACCUUCCACAAAAACUGGCGCUUUGCAAGUAUGCGAGUGGAACAAAUCCUACAACGGGAGUAAGCACAAGGGUAAGCCUAGGUUGCGGAAACAAGAGAAGAAACGCGUAUGGUAGCCCUUCUUCUCCUUUACUUAGUGCGCCCCCUCCACAACUACUUGAUCGUGAUGGUUACUGUGAUCCUGCUACUGGUCUCUGUGAUGCUAAGUAAUGCAGUAACACAAAUGUAUGUAAAUAGACUAUAUUUCUUAGAAUGAGCUUUCUGAUAGAGAGUAUCUCUUCUGAACUACACAUUAUUGUUAAACCUUGUGAUCAUAAACAAUAGUUUCUUGCACAAAUUUCACCAAAUACAAAAAUUAGCUUGUUUACAA